GAGGCUCCCCGUCUCUGCGCGCCAUCCGCCGCCGCCUUCCCGGACGCGGGCGAGGGAGCGAGAGCGUCGCUGCUCGCAGCCUCGGGAGGAGACAAGGGCAUCGCCGCCUCAGCCGCCGCCGUUCUCGCCUGCAGCGGCUCGCUGGAUCCUCAGUCUUCCACAAUGAACCCCGUUUACAGCCCCGUGCAGCCUGGGGCUCCUUAUGGCAACCCCAAGAACAUGGCCUACACUGGUUAUCCAACAGCCUACCCGGCAGCAGCCCCUGCCUACAAUCCGAGCCUGUACCCCACCAAUAGCCCCAGUUAUGCUCCAGAGUUUCAGUUCCUGCACUCAGCUUAUGCAACUCUGCUGAUGAAACAGGCCUGGCCACAGAACUCAUCUUCCUGUGGCACCGAAGGCACCUUCCACCUCCCAGUGGACACCGGGACCGAGAACCGAACUUACCAAGCUUCCUCUGCGGCUUUCAGAUACACUGCAGGGACACCGUACAAGGUCCCGCCGACCCAGAGUAACACUGCUCCACCCCCCUACUCCCCAUCACCCAACCCCUAUCAGACGGCCAUGUAUCCCAUCAGAAGUGCCUACCCCCAGCAGAAUCUGUAUGCCCAGGGAGCCUACUACACACAGCCCGUGUACGCUGCCCAGCCCCACGUCAUCCACCACACCACGGUCGUCCAGCCCAACAGCAUCCCCUCCGCCAUCUACCCGGCCCCCGUUGCUGCUCCCAGGACCAACGGCGUGGCCAUGGGCAUGGUGGCAGGUACCACCAUGGCCAUGUCAGCAGGUACCCUGCUGACUGCUCCCCAGCACACCGCGAUUGGGGCUCACCCUGUCUCCAUGCCAACAUACAGGGCCCAAGGGACCCCUGCGUACAGCUAUGUGCCCCCACACUGGUAAAGCCUGCCGUCCAUCCAAGUCUGGAGCCCCACAUUGUAUGCAACUACUCAAGUCUUACACCGGUGCUGGAGCAGUCCCCUAGCAGCACCACCUCUACUUGCAAGAAGAGAACGGAAGUGCAAGGGUCACUUUAUGCAUCUUUAGUGGUUUUUGGUUUUAGCUUUGGUUUUUGUUAAAGCUGCUUUUUCUAAAUACCCUCUCCCACUGUCUCCCUUUGGCCGCUGCCCUUCCAGUUCUGCCCUUCCCCCUCUCCUUCCUGACCAGGCACAUUCCCUCAGCUCUUCUUUCCUUCCCGAGUGUCCAGGCCCCAGGCCCCCCAGUCUGGGGGCAGGAGAGAGUGGGGCAUGUUGUAGUGGUUCCACAGAAGGUUCCGUUUCCUUUGCCCAGCAGGGAAGACGUGGCGCCAUCCAGGAUCAGCACUCUGAGCUCUGGAACCAGCCACAUUCUCUGGGCGAUUCCUUCUUUUUUGAUUUUUCUUCAGUGAGAUUAGUUUAGGCCAUUGCCAUGUCUUCUCACAAAAUGUAUGUCUUCUGAGAACCAUUGCAACAACAGAGCAAGAACAGAACCACCCGAUACGUAGGAAUAUUCAUAGCAGCUUAACACCCUGGACUGAGAUCCUGGGAAUACCAGAUUCUUAUUUGGGGAGAACUUGAGGGGGGUGGGAGAAGGGCCUGAGGGAAGAAGAGGGGAGAGGUCCGUGUCUGCUUGUGGUCAGGUCUGUGACCACAUAGUCUGGGCCUGGGCCCUCUGAUUUGCACAGGAUGCUAACUGACCUGGCAUUUCCUCAGAAGGUGGUUUUGACCUCAGACCUGCCAGCAGCUUUCUGGCCUCAGAUCCCAGCCUCCUAAAGCCUCAGAAGACCGGGGCCACAUCAGUUCCACAGACCCACUCCUGAUGAGAGUCGAAACCUCUGGCAUAUCUCCCCUCCCUGCCCUUCCUAUGCCAGGGCUUGCCCGUUGGUCGUUGGGACUGCCAGACAAGCCGAGGCCUUGGUUACUUAGGCCAUCCAUGGCCAAAGCGAAGGUACCACAUUCCAGGGAGAUGCUGGCGGCUCUGAAGUCAGGAUAGUGAAGGAAAAGCAAUAAACAUUUCAUAGACUCAUGGACCUGAAGGGACCUUAGCCAUCCUCUCAUCCAUGCCCUGACUGACAGCUGAGGAAGCGGAGGCGCAAGAAGAUGACAGACCUUCCCUAGCAAUCCUGGAAAUUAGCAUUCAAUGCAGCCUUCCUCUUGCGAGGGGCAAGGGACCGAGAAAAAUGUAGCUAGGGGUGGCUGGGCUUGGUUUCUUGAAAAAUUAAGUCAGCAGCGCCCACACCUGGUGAGCUCUGGAACGCUCUCCGGGCUUUUGUUUCUCUUCUUUAUCCUCCACACACGCAGCCGGUGGGCAGAGGUCGCAGGGGGCAGAUGGCAGGAACGGAAAUUGCAAAUGAAGAAAUAGCAUUUGGAAAUUCUGUGAAGACAUCUGGAUCUCUCCCGCCAGCCCGGCCCCGGGAAAGGGGGCAGGCGGCUGGCUGCAGCGCAGGGGCCCUGCUGAGGGCAGCAGCCCUCGUCCAGCAGGGAGAGGACAAGGUGGGGCCCCGCACACCUGCUGAGGGCAGGGACACUGGACAGACGAGGUCUUGAUAACAUUUGGGACUUUGAAACAACUCCUUUCAUUUUAAAUUCAUGCAAUCUUGGACAUAUCCCUUUUCCUACCUCCGUGUCUCCCUAAAGGAGGAAAAAAAAAAAAUCAGAAACCUCUGGGCUGGAAGGACCCCAGAGGUGAAGAAAUAGCAUUUCUUGAUCACUGAUCGCUCAGCACCCUGAGUCCAGACCCAGAAGUUGGGGGCCACCUUCUUGGCCUUUCAGGGAACUGCAAGACCGGGAGGAGGAACCAGCCGUUCUAAACAGUCUGUCCUGGGGUACUGAAGAGGCUUCAUUUUAAAACACCGUUUUCCAGUGUUAAUCUUUUUUUUUUCCCUCCCAAAUGCCUCCUCCUAUUCUCCAGUCUGUAAGGAUGGAUGAAGUUGGUUUUAGAUUAUGUCAUUCAUGUUUAGAAGAAGCCGAAAUAAUCAUGGCAGUCAUAGGAAACCAUUGCAUUCGCCACGUGCUUCAUACAUUUCAAAACACUUCACAGCCUUCAGACGGUCACAGUGGUUCUGGCCACCUGACAGAGAGGUCACUGGGUCUGGAAGGCCCUGAUGCCCAUGGGAGAGCUAGGCUGAGUCACUGGCGAGGAAGAGGAGGAGACCCCGUAAUGAACAACCUGUUACUUUUCUUCUUUCUGCACAAGUAACACCUCUAGUCUCACAGUUCAUGGAGCGAUUCACAUCCCCCACCUGGUUUAACCCUGCAUAGCUGAUUGUUCCGCAAGACUGGUGAGGAAAUAAACGUAGUCGAAAGGCAGAGUGACUUGUCAAUAAGAGGCCCAGAUCCCGUCUGUCUGCUGCCCCUUGCCUUCCAGAUGGGCCCUUGCCCUCCCUCAGCACUGCCUGCUCUGUAAUUCAAGGUCAGACACAGUCCCCAGGCGUGGGGAGCGCAGCAUUGGAACCCCGAUUCUGCUGGCCUUGCCCUCUUGCUUUGACUGAGAUCCACAAGCCUGGCCAAGCUUGGGGGGGUCAUUGCAAAGUGACUGAGCUCAGGAGGACAGGAGAAGUAGUGGGCACCCUUGGUAGGAGUUUGUCACGGUGUCUGUCAGGGGCACUGUGGGUGUCAUCCAAAGAAUCUGAAUGGCCCAGUGGUCAGUCAGACCUGGGAGACGGCCCUGUCAUUGCAGGAAGGUCACAAGCCCGCGUGACAACCCUGUCACCAGCCUGUCUCCCUACCCCCAGUCCUGUUCCCCCCCACCAGUAGCCAACCUAGGCCUCUUCCACUCCUACCAGACUAACUUCCUCAGCCUGGGGCCUAGGAAGCGAGAGCGCCCUAAGGUGGUAAGAGCCUGAAACCCAACUUCCUGCCACAUUUCUCCCCCAAUUUUAAUGUCUUUCCCUUGAGAUAGAGCAGUUGCAGCCGCAGCGCCUUGUUCCCACAGUCCCCUCGUGCCCCCCUCCCCUGACACGCGCCUAUCCAGUUUUGCCCCGACAGAGUACUUAGAUAUUGCCAAAACCCCUAUUUUCUAGAUUUGAAAACAAACAAAACAAAAACCUGGAGUCUCAGAAAGCUUAAGAGAUUUGCCAAAGGUCUCACCGCUCAGAGCAGAAAGAGCCAAGAUUUGAAAAAUUGCCCACUCAGAUCCCCAACUCUCCCCCAGAUGAUGCCACCAAGGUGCGGGAAAUCUGUCCCUCCAAAUGCUGGGAGAGGGUCAUGAGGGGUCUUAGGGACCCAGAGGCAUGUCUAGCUAGCAGCUCACAAAGCCCGAUGUCACAUAGGACACCCCACUUUCCCACCCCUGGGCCAGCACCUUGAAUUGGCACUCUGAGGGGGGCCUUGGGCCAGUCUGAUAACCAGAGAAGCGCAGGUGAUGCCAGUGCUGCUGGCUGUCCUGAGACAGGUUCUGGAGGCAGUGUGGCCCCUCUCCCAACCCUAACUCCUUCCUGGGCCAGUGGGUGGUUGCAGGUGUGGAGUCCCCUCGCCCAGCCACACGUAGGGGCUCGCUUUGUUCUGGUGGCCUUCGGAAAGGCAGCAAAAAGUAGGGCAGGCCCUUGGUCAGCAAGUUCUGCUACCUCACCUAGCAGACGACCUGGCUCAAGUCCCAGCGAGGCACUGGCCAAGCCUGGGUCUUGGUGAUGUUGGCACUGGCCUUCAGACUGGAUCUUCGAUGUGUCCCCUUGGCAUUCUGCCUCAGUUGCAGCUGAGUGAAAAGAUACUGCAUUCCCAACUGACAUGCCGCCGAGAGCGUAGUAUUCUGCAACUUGCCAAGCCUGGGACUCGGGGAGGAGCAGAUGGGGUGAAAGGUGGGGUUGGCUCCGGGGGAAUUCAGGCCUCCAAAAGCAGACCCUCAGGAGAGGAAGCCCGGCCAGCUGACUGACCCGAUUCUGCAGCCCGCUCUGAGCACGGCAGGCCGGCUGCAAGCUUGCCCUUGCCUGACACCUUCCCCGGCCUGAGAGUUUGCUUCUGAAAUGAGACGUUACAGGGCCCGGCCUUCAGAAUUCCUAGCAGGCCAGCUUCAACAUUCCAUAUCCAGCCUUGCCUGAGCCAAACUUGGGUCCCCCUCCCUCAGUUUCUCUAAAGGGUUUUCUGCCUUUCAUGCUCUGGACUCCAACCCAGAGGCCAUCCUAGUGCCUGCGGGAAGGGUGUGUGCCUUCCGGAAGUGACCAGAACUAGAGCUUUGCUAGAUAAGGACCAGCCCUGAGCAGUCAGUGGUGGGAUCCACUCUGGGCCUGACCAGCAUCUUGAGGCUCCAGCCUGCCUCCCUCCUCAGACCUGAGAGUCAGGAAAAGGGGGAGCUCAUGUGGCCGUUUAUCAGUUCUGUGGGGAGACCAAGGGGAAGAAAGGCCCGGCCUGGAGCAGCUGGGAGUUUGUCUGUGAUGCCCUCGCCCCAUUCCUGACUCAAAGGAAUCCCUGUUUCCUGUGACGUGACAGGAACCUGUUCUCAUGGCAUGUAACAUCCCUGUGAGAGCGCUGUAUAUGAUUU